AUGUGCUGGGCGGCGCUGCUCGAGGCGAGCCUCGUCGUCUGCGCGACGGCGAGCGGCGCCGCCAACCUCCCUCAGUACGGCCGCCGCCUCUCCGGCGCCACAGUCUUCCGGUACUGCUCGACGGUGCUGUGCGCGCAGCACGCGGUCCUCUACGUGGUCGCUGCCUUUUGGAAGCUGACCACGCCGCUGCUCGUGCUGUCUCCGCGCGCCGGCGUGGUGGCCGGCUUGCUCUUCCACACAAGCAUCAACCUGCUCCCGCUCAACUACGCGGCAGGCUUCUCGCUCAUGUGCGCGACGCUUUCCUGGGGCAUUGGCGGCCCCGUGCUCGGGCUGCAGCAGAUGAGCGGGCUGACCAUGUACGCCAACCUCAAGCAUUGGGGCGGGUCGAACCACCUCCUCCUCCCGACCAACCUGCUCGCGGAGACAGACUGGCUUCCGGAGGCGGCAUCGCGCGCGAAGCUGCCCCUCCUCUCCGCCCUGCUGGCCAUCUUCGGCCGGGCGCAGGGGCAGGUGGUGCGGGUGGAUGCGACCAACUCGAGCGUGCUGCGUGAAUUGUCGCCUGCCGACUCGACGCCGCUGCUGCCCGCGCACGCGGUCGCUUUGAUGCGCGCCUCCGGCGCCUCCGGGCGUUACUACGGGCAGUACUGCGCGCGGAUGUUUGUCGGUCGAGACAACGACUUGCCGAGCUCGGGUACGAUUGGCAACGCGGUUGCCGGCGCUGGCCCGAAGAGCGCUGGCGCGGAGGAGGGUGAGGAGCUUCCGUACGCGCUCACUGCCUACGAGCUCCGCCGCCUCCUCGCCGCCGCCCGGGCGCACGGCGAGCCCUUCACUCUCACCUUCACGCCGUCCCUCCCGACUGCCGGGUCGCCCGCCGAUUGGCGCGACUUUGUCGGCGAUAGCGCCUCGCUAGUGGAGGAUCCGAGCGCGGGCCGCGCCGAGUGCACGAUCGCCGGCGCCGAUUGCGCGUCACACAAGGCAGCGGCCGUGGUCGCGCUGAUGUCCGCAGCGCCGCCUCGCUGGCUGAGCAAGGUGCUAAUGGCGUACCCGGUGCCGCUCCUGCCGCCGUCGGAGGCCGAUCCGGGCACUGAGGUCCAUUGCAGCGCUUGAGGGGCGGGGGGAAUAGGGUCCUCGGAAAAUGUGCACACCCACAGUCAGCUCUCUGCUGCUAGAUGCUAGCUGAAGCUCUCGUGCGCUUGUGUACGCGCUAACUUUCUCCUGACUCCACGCGUGUAUAUUUCG